AUGAGAAAAAGCUUAAUAAUAUUGAUAGUUGCUUCUGCUCUCUUAGUAUCAUUUGUAGAGUCUAAAAAGUAAAUUAGAAAAAUUGAUCCAGAUGAAACCCAAGAUAUACCUAUUUUGUUAGAAAGUGGAUUAGAAUCUACUUCAUAUAAUCCUACCAUAUACUAUAGAGACAACAUUCAAUGUAUGAGAGCCUGUACAGCUAGUUUUGGUAACAAUGUUAGUUACUACUAUUAUGGAAGAUAUAUAUGCUGUAAUUUAGGACUUUCGGAUGGUGGUGACGGUUGGUAUUGGAUGAGUUGCUAACCUUUGAGCCUUAAUUGCUAUGGAAAUUGA